UUGUCUGGAGAAAAUGUGACAAGAGCAGAAAUUCUUUUUCUCCGCAAAAUUUAUUGUGAUGCUGAUAGUGCUGCAGUAGGAUUAACUAAGAUUGCAGAGAAUUUGACAAAAUAACCGAGUAUUCCCUGAAGACACGUGAUCGAGGAUGACUGUGCUGAAGUUUUGUUCCUCUUUCCCCAAAACAAACUUUUGUUUCACCAAAUACUGAGCCAAAAAAGUAACUAUGUUUGGACUUUUUCUUUUCAUUUUAUUCACCCCUGCCGCCAGUGAAUUUCUUUGUAUGUCGUCAGAGCUAGAAAUGUCAUAUACUUUUUGCGAUUCUACAGAUCAUGUUUUCAUGUUUAAUGUGACACCUUGCGGCAUCAUUAACGAAUCCGUCUGGAAGGCUUCUCUUACCUGGAUUCCAAGAAAUGACAUCACCUUUCUGAAGGUCGUCUUCAAUGUCUGGUAUGAUGGUGUUAAAGCAUUACACUGGAAAGAUGUCCUCUGCUGCGGAGCUGACGACGAAUAUUCAAUUUGUGGAGCGCUGAAAGGAGAAACAGUUGCAACAUCCUUUGACAUUAAAGGUGCAAGAACAAAGUUUCCAAAGGGCAAUUAUACCAUUAUUUUACAAGGAUUCUCUGAUGAUUCUGACAAUAAUAUGGUCAUAUGCUUGAAUUUCACCAUGAUAGUAAAACAAGACACUUUCUGAAUGCGACAAACAUUUCAAAUAAUUCCAAAAUAUGGAGGUCACUUCCUCAAUCAACUGGAAUCCAAGCUAUGAAAUAAUAAGCACACUAAUUUUCCUGAGGUAGAAUACACCAUGCACUGUCUGGAUAAGCUAUGCAAUGGAUAGUCAGCCAUUUAUAGCACCGCUGUAAUCAGAUGCUCAGCCAAUGUGCAAAAAAUCUCUGGGAAUCAGGCGUCCUGAUUAAUCCAUGGAAUAACCCUGACUGGAUGCCAGGCUGAGGACUGCAUUUUGGUGCUGUGCCUUGAGCACUAAACUAAUAUAAGAAGUUUUGAAGUUUUGAAGUGCAAGAAUCAGAAGUUCACCAGUACUCAAAAUAUAACAGCAUUUGAAUCUAGAA